AUGAACCUCGUGGGGCAGCUGGCGGAAACAGUGUUUGGGACUGUGAAGGAGCUGUACCGGGGCCUGAACCCAGCCACGCUGAGCGGAGGCAUUGACGUGCUGGUGGUGAAGCAGGUGGAUGGCUCAUUCCGGUGCUCGCCCUUCCACGUGCGCUUCGGCAAGCUGGGGGUGCUGCGGUCCCGGGAGAAGGUGGUGGACAUCGAGAUCAACGGGGAGCCCGUGGACUUGCACAUGAAGCUGGGGGACAGUGGGGAGGCCUUCUUCGUCCAGGAGCUGGACAGUGAUGAGGAAGAUGUGCCUCCCCGCCUGUGCACCUCACCCCUCCCGUGGGGGGCCCUGCCUGGCUGGGACUCCCAGCUGCGCACAGCCGAGGGCCUCCUGGCGGCGGGCAUGGCCUCUGUGGGGCGGAGGAGGAAGCGGCGCAAGAAGAAAGCCCGUCGGAGGGAGGAUGCCGGGGCGACGGACUCCAGCUCGGAGGAAGCCGAGGCUGGCGCUGAGAGGGAGUUGGCCCUGCUGGCGAAGCCCAGGCCGGAGCCUGCAGGCAGUGUCCCAUCAGAAGGGGCGUCCUCACCGCAGCCCAAAGACUUCUACCCCUACUCGGACGGCGAGUGGGCCCCGCAGGCCAGCCUCGCACCAGAUGGGCUCGUGUCCCCUAAGAGUGACUCAGAGCUGGAGCUCCGGGCCCUGGAGCCCAGUCCCCUGCGAGCUGAGUCGCACAUGCAGUGGGCCUGGGGGAGUCUGCCUAAGGUGGCCAAAGCCGAGAGGCCGGAGUCUUCAGCGGUCCCAGAAGGCAGCGCUGGGGCAGCUCCUCAGGGAGGAUCCAGCCCCUCUUCCUCCUGUGUGCCUGGUGUGGACCCGUCAGGACCCCCAAUCCUGCAAGCAGGGGCCCGUGCUGACUUGCUUCAGCCUGAUGUGCAGUCCCACUGGAGGGGGACAGCAGUGGGUCCCCCUCUCCCCACCCCAGAGAGUGAGAAAAGCGAGACUCAGAGCUUCAGGGGUGCCGGCCUCCCUCCUACCUCUAAGUCCUGGAGCUGGGCGACCCUGGAGAGGCCACCUGCCCCCAGGCAGCCAGAGGGAUGCUCCAGGGGGAAAGGUUCCCUGAAGAAAAGCCAGCACCUGGGCCCCAGUGACAUCUACCUGGACCACCUGCCUUCCCUGGACUCUGAGGGUGCUGCCCUUUACUUCCCCAAGAGUGACCGUGGGCUGGGGCCCAGGAGGUGGAGUGAACCCAGCAGCCAGAAGCUCCCGAGGGAGCCCAACCCUGAACUUGGGCCAGAACCCAGUGCAGACACAGUGGACACCAUAGCACUGUCGCUCUGUGGUGGACUGGCGGACAGCCGCGACAUCUCCCCAGAGAAGUUCAACCAGCACCUCGUCUCCUACCAGGACCUCAUCACAAAACCUGGGCUCCUGGAUGACCCGAACCUGGUGGUGAAAGUCAAUGAGAAGUACUAUAACUGGGCUGUGGCUGCCCCCAUGAUCCUCUCCCUGCAAGCCUUCCAGAAGAACUUGCCCAAGAGCACUGUGGACAAGCUGGAGAAGGAGAAGAUGCCUCGCAAGGGGGGGCGAUGGUGGUUUUCCUGGCGACGCAGGGACUUCCCGGCCGAGGAGCCCAGUGCCCAGAGGGAGCGACCCACAGGCAAGGAGCAGCAGGGGGAGAAGACUGAAGUCCCCAGCAGCGAUGACGAUGGCCCAGACAGCCCUGUGAUCCUCGAGGUCCCCUCCCCUCCACCCAGGACUCCUGCCUACAUCCCCACCUACAAGAAGUCCCUGCGCCUCUCUUCUGAUCAGAUCCGGUGCCUGAACCUGCAAGAAGGUGCCAAUGAUGUGGUAUUCAGCGUGACCACUCAGUACCAGGGCACCUGCCGCUGCAAGGCCACCAUCUACCUGUGGAAAUGGGACGACAAGGUGGUCAUCUCUGACAUCGAUGGCACCAUCACCAAGUCCGAUGCUCUGGGCCACAUUCUGCCCCAGCUGGGCAAAGACUGGACUCACCAGGGCAUCACCAGUCUCUACCACAAAAUCCACCUAAACGGGUACAAGUUCCUGUAUUGCUCGGCACGGGCCAUUGGCAUGGCUGACCUCACCAAGGGAUACCUGCAGUGGGUGAACGAGAGGGGCUGUGGCCUCCCCAAGGGCCCCAUCCUGCUGUCUCCCAGCAGCCUCUUCUCCGCCCUCCACAGGGAGGUGAUCGAGAAGAAGCCAGAGGCGUUCAAGAUCGCCUGCCUGAGUGACAUCCAGCGGCUGUUUCUGCCCCACGGACAGCCCUUCUAUGCUGCCUUUGGGAACAAGCCCAACGAUGUCUUGGCCUACCGCCAGGUGGGCCUGCCUGAAGCGCGCAUCUUCACGGUUAACCCCAGGGGAGAGCUCAGCCAGGAGCUGCUGAAGAACCACAAAUCCACGUACCAGCGGCUCAGUGAGGCGGUGGAACUCCUCUUCCCCCCUGUGGCCCGGGGCCCCAGCACAGACCUGACCCACCCCGAAUACAGCAGCUUCUGCUACUGGCGGGAGCCACUGCCUGCUGUGGACUUUAAUGCCCUGGCCUGAGUCUGCUCUGGGUGCCACAGCGCCAACCCUGACCAAGCAGGUGGGGGGCUGCAGGUUGGUUGGCUGACCCCUCUUCUCCCCAUCAGCUGCUCCAGGUCUCAGCAUGUCCCUGUCACCCCAGGGUCUUGCCUCAACUGACAGG